GCAAAGCUCGUGCCAUGGCCAGGCGGGGCCUCACUCUCGACCUCAUCAACGAGAUACUCCUCAGGCUCCCGGCCAGUUCCCUCGCCAGAUUCCGAUGCGUAUCCAAACCAUGGUCCUCUUUGAUCUCUAAUCCUCUCUUCCUCCGAGACCAUCACGAUCGAUCCCGACACAAAGCUCUCCUUCUCGUCGCCGAGACCCACCGUGCUAACCCCAACACCCUUCGCCUCUCCACGCUAAGCAGUGAAGGAGGUAUUUCCAAGUAUUCCUCCAUAACCGUGCCGGAGUACGUCAAAAUGGAGCACUCCUCCGGUGACGUUAUCUGCUUGACGAGAAACAGCAGCGUAUUCUUGUGCAAUCCCGCCACCGGAGAGCUGGUGGCCCUGCCGGCUCCCAUAGGGUCGAACGGCUACCAUCGCUUCGGUUUCGGAUAUGUGGCUUCCCUUGGGCAAUUCAAAGUGGCGAGGUUUGGUUACAUGUUGAGCUACGAGGUCUUCACUGUCGGCACCGACCGCAGCUGGAGGGAGAUUGGACGUCCGCCCUGUCGUGUCGACGAAAGCAGAGGCAUACCUUUUCUCAACGGCGCUCUCCAUCUCCUGCCCUCUUCGAUGAAGACGAGACAGCUCCGUGUUUCUCCCCCUUUCGAUGAGAACGGGACAGAUCAGUAUGAAGAUGAAUGCAGACGAGAUGAACUCUUCGUCGGCAACGGGAUUGCAGCAUUUGAUCUGGAGCUGGAGACGUGGAGCAUGGUCCCGCUGCCGAGUUUUGACUGCGAUGAGAAGAGAGAGCUACGCCUAGAUCGGGCGAUGCUCCAGAUCAGCGAGCUCAAAGGCUUGCUAUGCCUGGGAGUAGGCUUUCCUCAUAUGUUGCACCUGAGGUUAUUGAUGGACUAUGACAGCGGACGGUGGGUGAAAGAAUACAGCAUCAGCUUCUUUUCGUUGCGGCACGCUUGCCACCGGCCGCAAGUCACUCCGGUAGCGAUUAUGGAUGAUGGAAGAAUACUGCUGGAUAGUUCUGAGCUUGGAUUGCUGUUUUACGAUCGUCGAGACGAACGUCUUACGGAGAUUGAAGGUAGCAGAGGGUGGAGGGCGAGGGUGUACGUGGAAAAUAUCUUCUUGUCCUUGAGAGAACCUUUUACUAUAUGAUUCUAACGUGCUAUUUAUCGACCUUACCUUCUUCUUCCCUGCAAUUAGGAUAUGGACCACUAUGACUACUUUCUGAGGUAGAAGUAUACAUCUCCCUUUUUCUGUAGAUCCAUGGAAUGUGAAGUUUGCCUUUGAUUA